GGAGGGAGCGGGCCGGCCCGGGAGGCGGCGGGACCGGGACCGGGACCGGGACUGAGCCCUGCUCGGCGGUGGUGCCACCGGGGCAGUGUCCCCAUGGCCCUCUUCACAGGAACCAGCAGUCAUCCUAACACCACUGACCCUCUUCCCUGUGGGGGAGACAACACUACAGAGCCUGACCUGCCACACUCACACGCUUACUACGCCCUCUGCUACUGCAUCUUGAUCCUGGCCAUCAUCUUUGGGAACGUGCUGGUCUGCUUAGCCGUGCUGAGGGAACGCACCUUGCAAACCACAACAAACUACCUUGUGGUGAGCCUGGCGGUGGCGGACUUGCUGGUGGCUACUUUGGUGAUGCCAUGGGUGGUGUACCUGGAGGUGACGGGAGGAGUCUGGACUUUCAGCCGCAUCUGUUGCGACAUCUUCGUCACCAUGGAUGUAAUGAUGUGCACAGCCAGCAUUUUAAACCUCUGCGCUAUCAGCAUUGACAGAUACACUGCAGUGGUGAAACCAGUUCAGUACCAGUACAGCACUGGGCAGAGCUCCUGCAGGAGGGUUUCUCUCAUGAUCGUGAUAGUCUGGAUGCUGGCGUUCGCAGUGUCGUGCCCUCUCCUCUUCGGCUUCAAUACUACAGGGGAUCCCAGUGUCUGUUCCAUAUCCAACCCUAGUUUCAUCAUCUACUCCUCUUUGGUGUCCUUCUACCUCCCCUUCCUGGUAACCCUGCUGCUCUAUGUCCGGAUUUACCUCGUGCUAAGACAAAGACAAAAGAAGCGAACGCUCACCUGGCAGGGCAGCCACAGCGCCAGCACCAAACCGUGUUAUGCACACAAAGAACACCCGGAGAGAAAAGCUUUGCCAAACAGAUGCCAAGGCACCUUUUCCCCCUGUCUCCCACUCAAAUGCUCAGGCCAGGAGAUGUCUCCUAAAAGGAAGUUGCUGACUGUCUUCAGCCUGCAGCGGUACCGCAGCUUCUGCCAUGAGGCAUCCCUCACCAAGCCACCAGGGACUACACAACACAGCAGGCUGGAAGAGAGGAGAAAGAGUCUGAAGCCAGGACUGGAGGUACGGAGGCUCAGCAAUGGCAAAACCAUCAGCUCUUUGAAGCUAGCGCACCAGCAGCCCCGGCUGAUCCAGCUUCGGGAGAGGAAGGCUACACAGAUGCUAGCUAUUGUCCUGGGAGCAUUCAUAGUCUGCUGGCUGCCCUUCUUCUUGAUUCACAUCCUCAACACCCACUGCCCAUCCUGCCACGUGCCCCCAGGGCUCUACAGUGCCAGCACCUGGCUUGGCUACGUCAACAGUGCCCUCAACCCCAUCAUCUACACAACCUUCAACACCGACUUCCGCAAAGCCUUCCUCAAGAUCCUCUGCUGCUGACCGCGGGGCCAGCACCGGGCUGCGCGUCUGUGGUUUGCAGCAGACUCCUGGGCUGGGGACAAGGUGUGGGGCCCUUUCCUGCCUCUGCUUCACGCGCCGUGGUCAGUGACGUGCUCCCCUCGGCCGUGAGCAGUGCUGCUCGGUGUGAUGUGGUCAUUGCUGAUGGCCAGGCACCCUCUGCGCCAGCGUGAAGAGCAGGACGGCAGCCCACCUGCACGGCUAGCUUCCCACACCAAACCUCAACGCUCCUGCUUGAAAAAGAACAAGUGCUUCCCGCUUCUGGGGAGGGAGGGGAAGAAGACAGAGGCAAACCAGUGAGUCCCUCAGUGUUGGGCACAGCAGUGCUGAGAGGCAGACCUGGGUGUGCAGUGGAAGGUUGGCCACCAUGCCACUGGGAGCUGCCAGGCUCACAGAGCACACAGGACCCGGGCGGACAGCAUCCUUCAUCUCCACCGCCUACGUGCUGGGAAUGCAUUUCCCCUCCCGUUGCUGGACCCUCAGCCUGCAGAAGGCUCAUGUGCAGCAUUCCUAAUAAGAGGGCAGGCCAUGACCUUUUUGAGAAGAAUCCUGAUCCCUUCAAUCAGCAGCCAAGAGCAAAAAUUCAGCAAGGAAACUUGGAAACGAAGCACUGAAGGAGAAACAACAGCAUCCCUGUUGUCUCCAUCAAAAGGUUUGCCCAUAAAACUGGGGCAGUCUCAGUGCUCGAGAAAAUUGCCCCAGCUGCAAACGAAACCUUCCCUUGUGCCACCAGCUUGUGUUUUAUUGCUCCUUGCAAGGCAGAGAGGUGGCUGCCAGCCCUCUGGUAGGUCUGAUCACAUGAGAAGCGCAACGCUACCGCAGUGUCCCCUCUCUUCCUAACCCAAGGACCAGCGAUAGGUUGGCCACUUAUUUAACCACCACACACCCUGUCAUCUGCUGGGGACGCUAAAUAAUGAACAAGGCCUAGGACAGCUCCAGUCGUGCCUGUGAUAGGUUUGAACCUGUUCGCUCAGCUGGGACAGGUUGCAUGCACCCUGUCUCAAAAUGUGUUGGUGAUCUCUUUGGAACCAGUCUCCAUUUGUGCCCCUCUCCUUGUCAGGAGCACUGCUAGAUUAAGGGUUUGUCCUGCCUGCUGUGAUAACUCCCGUUACAGCCCGUGCCUAGGUGAGAGCUGUUUCAGUACCAUCCCAGUAAGAAAGGUGGUGUGCCCCAGGAUCAGACCCAGGACUCUCCCUGGCUCCCCUGGCCGACACUCCUGCCAGCACACAGGGCAUCCGCACAUCCCAGCUUCCAGCAGCCAAAGACAGCCCUGCCACGCUCUUCUUCCCCAGCAGUAUUUUACAAAGCCACCUCCAGUAGGUCCUGGAUGAAAAGGCCAGACAAGCCCUGCCGUACCAUGUAAGCUGGCCUCAUGUCAGGGCACUCUACUGCUCUUCUCCUUGUACAGACAAACCUGACCUGGAACAGCCUCAACACGUUUCGCUUUCCCUGCUCACCAUCCUGGACCAGAGGCUCCAGCUCUCGCUGCAAGACUAGGCUUCGCUGCGCUGUUAGCCCCCCUCAUUCGACGGCCUUGGGCAUAACUGUGUGUGCUGCCCCUGCCUGUGUCCAUGCCACAGCUCCUUCGUCUGGGAAGGGCUUCUUCUCUUUCCUAAUAUAAAGCCAAACCUCUGGAGCACACAGCAGAGCUCUAGCUUCUUCUGUUUGUCUGGGUUUGGGGAGGAGAUGCUUGUGUUGUUUGCCUGGGGAGGUGCCCUCCAUCCUGCAUUGUAACCGCAUUAAUCCAAUAAAACACAGGUGU